AUGCUGAUUCGGCUGGUUUUUUGGGUCAUUUUCGUGCGCCGGCGCGAGUUGGCCAUGGCGCAAGCCACCUGGCAGGGGCCUCCCAAACUGCCUAGCCGUGGUCGCCUUCCGUGGCUACGCAGCACCGGGAUUGGCCGUUGUUCUCGGACUAAAUGCUGUGGCCAUGAUUUUCUCUCGCUAGUUUCUGCUCUCAGAAUGCCUGCGCAGCAUCGGGGGCGCAGCGGGUUUCUUUGGCAGAGUGGGGCUUCUGCGUGCACAGCCAG